CGCCGAGAGCCCCAGCGAUAAGGUAGUCCCGCUACGCUCUGCAAUACCGCCGACAUCCGACAUCCCAGACCCAGUAAAACCUUACAUAUACCCAUCCCGAAGAGCCGAACGAUCGAUCUUCAGCUUCGUGCCGAGUCGUUUCGGUCUUUUAAUCGCACUGCAGCCAGAACCUGCUGCUCAUUCGCCUGCCGUAACUCGUAGCGUGCGGUUCUAUCGCUCCGCUUAAAGAAAACCGUACCCACAUAUCAAGAGACCCAGAGAACUCGAACUUACGUACUUCUCUGCGACGCUGCGCGAAAGUGAAACCAAGUGAACUUGAACAGAAAAGCAAAGAAAAAAUAGUGAACUCAUAUUGCAAAGAGCAGCAAAUCCAUAUUUGCUGCCAAGUGAAACCCAAACUGUGCCUCAAACUCAACAAACAAUAUCUGACCGAAAUGGUUACCGGCGUAACAGCAGCCAACAUGACCAACGUUCUGGGUACCGCCGUUGUGCCGGCCCAGCUUAAGGAGACGCCACUCAAAAGUGACCGUCGGUCGAACAAACCCAUCAUGGAGAAACGCCGACGCGCCCGUAUUAACAACUGUCUCAAUGAACUCAAGACUCUGAUUCUGGAUGCCACCAAAAAAGACCCGGCCCGCCACUCCAAAUUGGAAAAGGCCGACAUUCUGGAGAAGACAGUGAAGCAUCUGCAGGAGCUGCAACGCCAGCAGGCUGCCAUGCAACAGGCCGCCGAUCCCAAGAUUGUGAACAAAUUCAAAGCUGGCUUUGCCGACUGUGUGAACGAGGUGAGCCGCUUCCCCGGCAUUGAGCCCGCCCAGCGUCGCCGCCUGCUGCAGCACCUGAGCAACUGCAUCAACGGGGUGAAGACAGAGCUGCACCAACAGCAGCGCCAGCAGCAGCAGCAGCAGUCCAUCCACGCACAGAUGCUCCCCUCGCCGCCCAGUUCGCCGGAGCAGGAUAGCCAGCAGCAGCAGUCGACGACGCCGGCGGCGGCCCCCUACCUCUUUGGCCAGAUCCAGCAGACGGCCAGCGGCUACUUCCUGCCCAAUGGCAUGCAGGUGAUCCCCACCAAGUUGCCCAAUGGAAGCAUCGCCCUCGUCUUGCCCCAGAGCCUGCCGCAGCAGCAGCAGCAACAGUUGCUGCAACACCAGCAACAGCAGCAGCAACUCGCCGCCGCAGCAGCAGCAGCGGCAGCAGCAGCAGCCCAGCAGCAACCCAUGUUGGUGGCCAUGCCCCAGCGUACCGCCAGCACCGGAUCCGCCAGCUCGCAUUCCUCCGCCGGAUACGAGUCGGCGCCCGGAAGCAGCAGCAGCUGCAGCUACGCCCCACCCAGUCCGGCCAACUCCAGCUACGAGCCCAUGGACAUCAAGCCGUCGGUCAUCCAGCGUGUGCCCGUCGAGCAGCAGCCGCUGUCGCUGGUGAUCAAGAAGCAGAUCAAGGAGGAGGAGCAGCCCUGGCGGCCCUGGUAGAGGAUGAGGAUGAGGAUAGGAUCGCCCCCGUCCCUCUGCCGAAUCUCCCGCUGACUUAAGACUGACCCCCCAAAACUCAUCCAACUCACAUGCGCCGGGCGUUGUGCGCAUGCGCGUAGACAUUUCACAUCAUUCGCCGGGAUAACGCAAAUGUUGCUUCGAAGUGCCGCAAACAUGCGAAUCCUUAGACGGUCCACAGCUUCAUUGGUUCAUAUUUCCGGUCCUAGGAUCUCCUAGGUCCUGGAAAUCCAUCGAUGAGGUUAAAGGACCUCCAUCAGACGCACACACAUACACACACACACACAAAACGUUGUUAUAACUUAUUUAUUAUUAUUAUGUAAUCGAUUUGAGAACGGUAUUCUACCAGGACAUCGUCAAACUACCUCAGUCCAAGUACUUGGUGUUGAAUUGCCUCAUGUAUCAUGUAUUACUACUCUUUCAAUAACAGCAAAUCAGCAAAAGUCUUCCAUACACUCAAAAAGAAAACGAAAAAAAAACAAAACACUUGAUAAGCUGAAAUACUUUUUAUGAAAAAGAUAAACGCAAAACAUAACUCUUACACAUAUAAAUAGAUGUACAUCUCCAUUUUAUAAUAUAGGUUUUGUACCAUAGCCCGCUAGGUUUUCUCUCGCUCUUAAGUCUAAACAAAGAAUAAUUAUAUUUAUAAAACACAAAAAACUAUUCGUAAGGCCACGUGAUAUAGUGAACAUAAUGAGCUUCUAAGAAAACAAAACAAGAAUUUGAUGCAAACAAAAGCAAAAAAA